AUGAACUACGACGAUGAGCUUGGUUCCUUCGGGGACCAGAAUGAAAUCUCGCCAAAUACGUGGCAUGAGUCCUGUUGGACCAUUAUCACUGCGUAUUUCGACGAAAAAGGCCUCGUUCGUCAGCAGUUGGAGUCCUUCGAUGAAUUCAUCACCAUGUCCGUCCAGCGGAUUGUUGAAGAAUCGCCCGUAAUCGAGCUCCAGUCGGAGCCGAAUUACAAUGCCGGCGAGCCGGAAGAACCGACAAAGUACCAGAUCAAGUUUGAGCAGAUUUAUCUCUCCAAGCCUACUCACUGGGAAGUCGGAACCGGUCCAAAUCCGUUGAUGCCCAACGAAGCUCGUCUCCGAAACCUGACUUACUGUGCUCCGUUGUACGUAGACAUCAACAGAACCACCAUCCGCAGCGACGAUCCUCGCCCACACGAGGAAAAGCACGAAAAGAUCUUCAUCGGUCAAAUCCCCAUCAUGCUCAGGUCAGAGUACUGUCUCCUCAGCGGCCUUUCCGAUCGCGAUUUGACCGAGUUGAACGAGUGUCCCCUCGACCCCGGAGGAUACUUCGUCAUCAACGGCUCCGAAAAAGUCGUCAUCGCCCAGGAGAAAAUGGCUAACAACACCGUCUACGUUUUCGAGAAAAAGGACUCAAAGUACGAACUCACUGCCGAAUGCCGCUCAUGUCUCGAGAACUCCUCUCGCCCCACGUCGACCAUUUGGAUCAACCUCUUGUCCCGUAGCGGUGGAACCGGUGUUAAGAAGUCCGCCAUUGGUCGCCGAAUCGCUGCUAUCUUGCCUUACGUCAAACAGGAUACGCCAAUCAUCAUCGUUUUCCGAGCCCUAGGCUUUGUCUCCGAUCGUGAUAUCUUGGAACACAUCGUUUACGACUUUGAUGAUCCGGAAAUGAUGGAAAUGGUCAAGCCAUCUAUUGACGAAGCCUUCGUCAUCCAAGAAGAAGCCGUUGCCCUCGAUUUCAUCGGUAAAAGAGGUGCUCGACCUGGUGUCACUCGCGAGAAGCGAAUGAAGUACGCCAAAGAAAUCCUCCAAAAAGAGUUGCUCCCUCACGUGGGUAUCUCUGAAUACUGCGAAACCAAAAAGGCAUACUUCCUCGGCUACAUGGUCAAUCGUAUUCUCCAGGCCGGUCUCGGUCGACGAGGCGAAGACGAUCGAGAUCACUACGGUAACAAGAGAAUGGAUCUUGCUGGCCCGCUCCUCGCUUUCCUCUUCCGAUCACUUUUUAAGAAAUUGACCAAGGAUGCGCGAAUGGCAGCGCAGAAAGAGAUCGAAAAGGGAAAGCCCAUGAACGUUCUUACCGCCAUCAAAACGAAGAUCAUCACCGAUGGUCUCAAGUAUUCCCUCGCUACUGGUAACUGGGGUGAUCAGCAAAAAGCAUCUCAGUGCCGACCCGGUGUCUCUCAAGUCUUGAACAGAUUGACCUACGCCUCUUCCCUCUCUCAUCUCCGUCGACUGAACUCCCCCGUCGGCCGAGACGGAAAACUCGCAAAGCCCCGUCAGCUCCACUCAACACAGUGGGGCAUGGUAUGUCCAGCCGAAACUCCUGAAGGCCACGCCGUCGGUCUCGUCAAAAAUCUUGCCCUCAUGUCCUACAUCUCUGUCGGUUCUCAGCCCAGUCCUAUUCUUGAAUUCUUGGAAGAAUGGUCGAUGGAAAAUUUAGAAGAAAUUACACCAAAUUCCAUCUCCGACGCCACCAAGAUCUUUGUCAAUGGCUGCUGGGUCGGUAUCCAUCGCGACCCUGAACAGCUCAUGGGAACCCUUAGAAAGCUUCGUCGACAGAUGGACAUCAUCGUUUCCGAAGUAUCGAUGGUCCGAGACAUCAGAAACAGAGAAAUCCGCAUUUACACUGAUGCCGGUCGAAUUUGCCGCCCGCUCCUGAUCGUUGAAGAUCAACGACUUCUCCUCAAAAAAGAUCAUCUCGCCAUGUUGAAAGACCCCGAAUACUCGAAUUACUCAUGGACAGAGUUGAUCAAAGCUGGAGUCGUCGAGUACAUCGAUACACUCGAAGAGGAGACGAUCAUGUGCGCAAUGACGCCAGACGAGGUGAAGAAAACGGACGAGAUGGCUUACUGCAGAUCUUACACUCAUUGCGAAAUUCAUCCUGCUAUGAUCUUAGGCGUCUGCGCUUCGAUUGUCCCCUUCCCCGAUCACAACCAGUCGCCGCGUAACACCUACCAGUCCGCUAUGGGUAAACAGGCCGUCGGCGUCUUCGUCACCAACUUCCAGAUUCGAAUGGACACCAUGGGCAACAUCUGUUUCUACCCCCAGAAGCCUCUCUGCGUCACGAGAUCAAUGGAGUACCUUCGUUUCUCUGAACUUCCGGCCGGUAUCAACACCAUCGUCGCACUCUCUUGCUACACCGGUUACAACCAGGAAGAUUCCCUCAUUAUGAACAUGGCUUCAAUCGAUCGUGGUUUCCAUCGAUCUAUUUAUUACAGAGGGUACAGGGACACGGAGAACAAAAAGAUCUUGGACCCCGAAGAGACAUUCGAAAAGCCGGACAGAGCGACCACUCAAGGCAUGCGACACGCCAUCUACGACAAACUUGAAGACGACGGUCUCAUCGCUCCUGGCACUCGUAUCUCCGGUGAUGAUGUUAUGAUCGGCAAGACCAUCGCGCUCCAGGACGGUGACGAUGUCCUCGAUCCGACGGCGAAGAAAUACACAAAGAAGGACGCUUCUCUCUUUGCCAAGCCGACCGAGAAGGGUAUCGUCGAUUCCGUCAUGGUCACGAUUAACGAAGACGGUUACAAAUUCGUCAAAAUCCGUCUUCGAUCAGUCCGAAUCCCAGAAGUUGGAGAUAAAUUCGCCUCUCGUCACGGUCAGAAGGGUACCAACGGAAUUAUGCUCCGAUGCGAGGACAUGCUCUUCACACCUGAUGGUAUGCAGCCAGAUUUGAUUGUCAACCCUCACGCCAUUCCAUCGCGUAUGACCAUCGGUCAUUUAUUCGAGUGUUUGACGUCAAAGGUUGGCGCUAUUAAGGGAGAGAUUGGUGACGCUACACCAUUCAAUCCCUCCGUCACAGUACAGAAGGUCUCUGAUAUUCUUCACGAGUAUGAAUAUCAGCAGAGAGGAAACGAAGUGCUCUACUGCGGCUUCACUGGUAGAAAGAUGAACACACAGGUCUUCUUCGGACCCACUUACUACCAGAGAUUGAAGCAUAUGGUCAACGAUAAGAUUCACAGUCGAGCCCGAGGUCCGGUUCAGCUGCUGAACAGACAGCCCAUGGAAGGUCGAUCACGUGAUGGUGGUCUCCGAUUCGGAGAAAUGGAACGUGAUUGUCAAAUUGCGCACGGUGCCUCGCAGUUCUUGAAAGAGAGACUGUUCGAGGUUUCGGAUCCUUACAAAGUACACGUGUGCAACUUGUGCGGUCUCAUCUGCGUUGCAAACCUGACGAAUAACUCGUUCGAGUGUCGAUCUUGCUCAAACAAGACGAACAUCUCACAGGUCCGAAUGCCGUACGCGUGCAAGCUCCUUUUCCAAGAGCUCAUGUCGAUGCAGAUCGCUCCCCGAAUGAUGUGUCUGACCGAGGCCGAAAUGAAGAAGGCCUCGAAACGCUAG